CCUGUUUGAGUUUCCGUAUUCAUUUUUUGGUCUGCUGUUGCUCUUCUCAUCUUUCAAAACUUGAUCGUAAAAAUGUUCGUUUUAGCAAAUAUAGUUGUUUAAAUUUUACAUCUGAGAGUUUGUCCUGAAAAACAUACGUUAAAUGUAUCGUAAUUCGUAUUAAUUUAUUGACCGUAUUUAGUUGUGUUGUUAAGUUACCUGUCCGAUGGGAUUAUUAUGUGGCGCUGUGUGUGGUGUUAUAGUCACCGGUAUAAUAUUAAUAACCGUAUUUAUUUUGCGAUUAUAUGUGACAUUACGACAUGGAUCGGAACAUAAACCAGGACAGAAGAAAAGAUCUCUGUCAGUUCUGGUGGUGGCAGGAUCAGGGGGGCACACGACAGAAAUCAUUCGUCUGAUGGGAGGUUUAUCUCAGUCUUAUAAUCCUCGACAUUAUGUGAUAGCAGACACCGAUCAAAUGAGUGAGGAUAAGAUACGAGUAUUUGAAACAGAAAGAGAGAAAACAGAUUCACCUCAGUUUACUCUUCACCGGAUUCCUCGCAGUCGGGAGGUUCGUCAGUCUUGGAGUUCCUCCGUUCUGAGUUCACUGAGCGCUCUGUUGUCAUCCGUUCCAUUGGUCUUCAGACUGCAGCCGGAUGUGAUACUUUGUAAUGGACCAGGGACAUGCGUCCCACUGUGUGCUGCCGGCCUCCUCCUCAGCAUCCUGGGUGUGAAAAAGGUUGUGAUCGUCUACGUGGAGAGCAUCUGCCGGGUGGAGACGCUAUCGCUGUCUGGAAAGAUCCUCUACUAUUUUGCUGACUAUUUCUUUGUGCAGUGGGUUCCACUGAAAGACAAAUACCCAAAAGCCAUUUACUUGGGGAGACUAGUGUGAGGGAAACUCAAGCAGAGUGCCGUUCUUAAAUAGCAUUGUAUUUUACUGUGAUGCUGGGAUGCUUUUCAUAUUUUAUACAGUUACUAAAGAGCUGAUAAACAGAAAGUUGGAUCUCAUGGAUGUUUUCAGUCAAACUGAGAAUGUACUGAGCUGAGAGUUGUGCUUAUCAGACCUGUUCUACCUUCUACGCCCUUUUUGAAAAGUUGCCAAAUCCUAAUCUGAGAAAUAAAUCUUGCAUACAAAGCUGUUACAAAUUGUUUAUAUUUUACACAUGCAUUGUGACUCCUCAUUCCAAUACAAAUGUUCAUGUUACUUCCUUAUGCAUUAACUAAUGUUAACAUUGACCAUAUGGGACCACAAAACCAUUCAUAAGUCGCCAGGUAUUUGUAGCAACAGCCAACAAUAUAUCGCAUGAGCCAAAAUUAUAAAAAAUUAUUAGGAUAUUAUGUAAAAAUUAACCUUUGUGAAAUGUAACCACGUUUUUUUGUGUUAAAAGUAUCUUAAGUAUGGUUUUUGGUGUUUUAAUUAUUAUUUGCUAACCAUGGUUUUACUACAGUGGUUUUCAAAAUAUUUUCCCUUAUGACUGGUUUUGUGGUCCAGGGUCACAUAUUUAAUUAAAAAAAUUUAUUAGUAAAUUGUUGAUUAAAUGAUAACAGUAUUUUAAUUUUGCGGUGAACUAAUGAGCAAGUGUAGACCUUCGUGUUGUUUAAUAGCAGGAAGAUCCAAAGUCCUCCAAUAUUGCAUUUCAUUGCCAAGCAGAUUAUAAGAGUUAGUUGCACUCAGCCUUCAAUAAAAUGUUUAUUUUAGGGCAUUCUUUGUUAUCUUUACCACAGAACACAGAGGUGCUUCAUUGUUAAAGUCUUCCUGCAUUAACAUGUGGUUGGUUUCAGAGGAAACAACAGUGUGACUAAACAGAAAGAGCAGCGGUUCUCUGCUGUAGUUGCUUCUGUUUUGUGUCUCUAAUGAGUAUUUUGCAGAUAUAUUCUUGUAAUUCCUGUUUGCAGAUAUAAUGAGACAGCAGUACUUUACAGGGCCUUUGUCUUUCAGGACAAGUUCAUGCAGGUUUAGAUCUUGCUCAGCAUAAAGUUAAUGUUCCUAAACAGCUGUGAGAGUGAUUACAUCAGACGUGUUUGUUAUAUGUGUGAUGUCAUUGUAAUAUCGCAGGCGAGCAUUGACUUGUAGGGCCAACGCAGUGUUAACUUAAAAGUAAACAAAAUCAUUAAACAUAA